AUGCGCCGCGUCCAUCCGGCAAUUGCGGAGUUGCAGCGACGGAACCGCGCCGCCGGCCGUCGACUCUCACCAAUAGAUGAAAAUCGACAAAACCGACACACUCACCCACACAGUGAUACCAACAAUACUACUAAUACUAAUACUAAUACAAACAAUAAUAAUAAUAAUAAUAAUACUAAUAAUAACAGAAAUAUCCGGCGUAUAUCGCCACAAACGCAGGGACGCCGGACGUCCUCCGCCAGUGCUGUACACGCAGCGAGUGUGCGUUCCCAGCCGAAGUGUGCUGAAAAUCGCCCAAAUAUGCCAUCGCGGUUUACUUCAACUGCCCCAGCAGGCGGCGUUAAUGAUAAUAACCGUAUGAAGAGAGAUGAAAGCCGUGGUAGGAAUAUUAACGGUACUAACCGUAUAGCACCGAGACCACCAAUGCGGCAUUUACCUACAAAGCCCAGAUCUUCUAUCUACACUAUGGCAGAUCAUAAAAUUCCAAAUUCUGAUGAUAAUCUUAUUCCAUCAGGGAAUAGUAAUCCCUCAGGUGAACCACAAGUAACUCCAGCUGAUUCAGUAACAAACCCUACAAGAAAUGCAGAGAAAUUUGAAGCUGUACCAAAUUCAAGAAUAUUUAAUGAUUCUUAUUCUGUAGCAAGUAACUCACGUACUAGACUUGGUUUUGCCAAAAAUUCUAGUUUUAGCAGUAGAAGUGGUAUGUCUCGUGUACACUAUGCUUUAGAUAAUGAUGAUAAUGAAGAAGAUGAAAUGAAAUCUAUUACAGAAUGUGCAGAUCCUGAUAACUGGAAUCAUUUAUUACCAGAUCCUGUUGUGGAUUUACUCGAUGGUGAAAAAUUAGAGAAUCCCUUUACUACUGAUCUCUGGGCAAAUGCACAAGAUGCUGAAAAACUAAAAAUUUCUGGUUAUUACGCUUGUAUUCGUUGUCAUGUUCCUGUGGUAUCACCGACUUAUCAAGUAAAUUAUCCUGUACGUGGAAUGGCAGCAUUUGCAAGAUUUAAUAAAGAAGCUUUGGCGGUACAUGUGGCGUAUAUAUCCACAGCCGCUACAUUUGGAGCGUUAAAGCAUGAUUCAUUGGAAUUACAUAUGCGAUGUGUAUGUUGUAAAGGGUUUUUAGGUAUUCUUGCCCCUAAUUUCGAUUUAGAUUUACCAGGGGAUCUAGCUCAUGUAUUUGUUGUAAAUAGUUCUUGUCUUCGUUUUGUUAAAGGUGGACGAACACGAUGUCAUUUGGAUGGAAUUUACGAUAUUAAAGAUGAUUCAGAUGAUGGGGUUAAAACGGAAACUUCGAGUAAAGGUGCGGAUAUGGAUUUUGAUGAUCUCGAUAUAUUUGAUUUAUCACCAACAAGUAAUCGAUAG